GCUCCACCGGCUGUCGUAAUGUCACGUGGUCACUUCGCAGACCUUAGCCGCCCGGUCUGCAUAUACACCAUCCCCACAACAGGGAAGCGCUUUGUAGCUGGUCACGUGCUCUGGAGGCGGAGACCGGAAGUGGGCGCCGUGCGGAUGACGUACUCAGCAUGCGCCGCUGUCAAGGCUUCCGGCUCCCUGCCCGCCUCUUGGUGCGCGAGGCAGGUGCCGGGAACAGAGGCGUGGGUGGCGGUUGCCAUGGAGUCGGACGGCAAGGGGGCCUAUGUGCUGAGUAACCUGGCUGAGGUGGUGGAGCGGAUCCUGAGCUUCCUGCCCACCAAGGCAUUGCUGCGGGCGGCCUGUGUUUGCAGGUUAUGGAGAGAAUGUGCCCGUAGAUUACUGAGAACACAGCAGAGCAUAGCGUGGGUCUCUGCACUUGAGCCUGGUCCAUCUGAUAGUCAUUCACUGGUCCGUGCAUUAGCCGAAGAACUUGAGAAUGUGCAUGUGCUGCCACGAACAGUGCUCUACAUAGCAGAUGCAGAGACUUUCAUUGGAUAUGAAGAGUGUCACAGACAAAAGAGGGCAAGGAAAAGAAAUAGUAAAGAAACAGCAAUUGCACUAGAAAAGCUGUUGCCAAAACGAUGCCAAGUUUUGGGCCUGGUCACUCCUGGAAUUGUAGUUACUCCAAUGGGCUCAAGCAGCAAUCGACCUAAAGAAAUCGAAGACGGCGAAGCUGGCUUUGCUUUAUUGUUCCCUAAAAUUGAUGGUGUGAAAAUCCAUACCUUCCACUUUUUUAAAGUCUUUGAUGAAAGCAAAUUGACUGAAGCAGGUCUUAAAAAUAAUCCAGAGCUCCGUGUGGUUCUUCUAUUUGUCUACAAUUCUUGGAAGCCGGGAGCUGAUCGGUUUCUUAGUCAGAUAAUCAAUCCUUUAAAUGAAAAAAGUAUCAUCUUGGCUGGGGGGUAUGUGGAGAGCUUGACGUCACUGACCUCUGAGAAUAACACUGAGGCUGGCGAUUCCUGUGGUGUGGUUGGAUUGGCUUUCAGUGGACCCCAGCUACAGAGUGCUGCAGUUUUGUUAGACCAGGAUGUAAUUGAUGAACGGACUGUAGAAGCAGCAAUGCAGCGUCUUAAAGCAGCAAACAUUCCUGAGCACAACACCAUUGGGUUCAUGUUUGCAUGUGUUGGCAGAGGAUGCCAGUAUUAUAAAACCAAAGGGAAUCUUGAAGCAGAUGCAUUUAGGAAGUUUUUCCCUAAUGUUCCCCUAUUCGGCUUUUUUGGACAUGGAGAAAUAGGAUGUGAUCGAAUAGUCACUGGGAAUUUCAUACUGAGAGAAUGCAAUGACAUAAAGGAUGAUCUACUCCAUGGUUAUACUACAGUUAUGACUCUUAUUCAUCUUGGUUCAACUAAAGCAAACCAAGUUUAAACAUGUUUUUUAAAUACACCAGCUGAGCUACUUUGUUGUUUCCAUUCCAGAGAACUGAAAAAUCUGGAAUGAUGUGUAUAUAUAUACUAUAAAAGCACCUUCCAAAAUCUAAAGUAAUCACUUUUGUAUUGUUGUAAAAUCAUGUAGUCAGGAUAGUGUUUAAUGCAGUAGGUAUGGGGACGCUUUGCAUUUUGUGUAAUACUGUGCAAAAGUCAGAACUGCAGGUAAAUGUACAUGUGUUCAAAUUUUACAACAGAAGGAAGCUUUUCUUUCUUUCUCUUAAGGCUAGAAGAGUGCACAAAUGCCAGUGUAGUCCAGCAAAAAUGCUCAACAGUAUAGAGAAGUGAACCAUCAGUAUUUUGAUGUGAUCUCUAGUAUACAUAAAAGCUACUGAUAUGUAUGUGUCCGGUUCCACCUUUACCUGAGUCUUCUCUCAACAGAGAUAUGUACAUUCCAUCCAGACUUAGAACUGGGCCCUGCCUACAAGCAAUAAUACCUCUUUAUUAGAUCAAAUGGAUGAGAAUAUUUGAGCAAUAACCAUGAAGUGUUUAUUAAAUAAAAUACAAAAUAUAUGUAAAAGGUACAGUGUCUUCUAUGUUUAGAGAAAAAAGCCAAUUUAAAGGGACACUAUCAGGUUACAAACUGAGUCCCUUCAAGAACACCUUGGAUUAAAACAAUUUUAAGUAUCUGACAUACUCUUUACUGUGUCUGCUGUUUUACUUUUGCAUUUCUCAGCUUGGACAAUGAAAAUGUACCAGUCGCCUUUGCUCUUAGAUUCUUCGGUACAAGCACAAUGAUGCAUUGUGGAGGUUGCAGAUGCUGCAAAGGGCUGUUUAUUCAUUUAAAAACAUCCUGUGGAAGCUUAAAAAUAAAAAUGGAAAUGUUUCCAUUGGCCUCAAGUUCCUUAAAAGUUCUGGACAUUUUUACUGACCCUAAAAUGUGGGCCAAGCUUAGACCAAGCUAUAUCUCUUUUAUAAAUUAGUUUUUGCAAAAAGGUCUUUGUUGUUGCAUUUUUCUCACUUUUACUAUAAUGAACAGAGAAUUUUUCCCAGGCUUCUUUGGGCGUAAGUUUUUAAAUGCAGUUUUUCUUUUAUUACCCACUUGGAGCAAUACAGCUGAAUUGACAAAAUAUUAACUUUACUAGAUACUGAAUUUAUACAUUCAGAGUUUUAUACAAAACACAGUGUAGCUUUAUUAUAACUCAAAUAUUUUGGUAGUAUUUCAUGCUGUCUCUAAAUUCCAAAUCAGGCAACUAUCCUAUCCCUUAUGUGUUGUAUGUUGGCAUCAGGGUAGAUUGGGAAAUCUCACAGGAAGCUCUAAAAUGGGAGGAAAAUUCUGAUCCAUUAUAGUUAUUUGAUCUUUAGUAGGAAAGAGAUGCUUUUUGUGUUCUAAGACAUACUGCUUGCUUUUCUGAAAACUGUUGAAAAUAACUAUCAGUAGUACACACCUUGAACAUUUUUGGCAAUAUGACAUGUCAGGAGAAAAAUUGUCACUGACAUUUAUGCUCACAGUUACAUCAGGACUAGUUUGUUUUGUCCUGAGGGAGGAGUCAGCAGAUCAUUUAAUUCUCUACCAUGUUACUUUGGCAUUUAGAAAACAUCAGCUUUCUGCAUUUCUUCCAUCCUGCAUUUGGUAAAGCCUCAGCACUGUACUGCUUUGCUGUGAGCAUACUUAACUUUGGAUGUAUAUAUUGUAUUUCUUCAUCCUCAGCUAUUUAUACUUUUUUUUUCCCCCCUUCUUCUUUGUGCUCCCACAGAUAUUUGUCACAGGUUUCUUCAAAAACUUCAUGGUAUAAAAUUAUAUACCUCUCCCUAGUCAAUGAUACUGAAAUUCUUGCUGAAUCAGCAGCAGUAUAAUUCAGCAAUAGCCAAAGGAAAGCUUGUAUAAGAACUUUUUAAAGGGCACAUAUUUCAGAUCACAAGAGCUGCUGAGCACUUGCAGCUUUUAUUCUCUUCAUUAAUCAGACACUUAAUGCAGCAGAUCGGAUUUUUUUUUCUGAAGAGGAUAUCUGGAGUUUCAGUGCAGGCAUUUGGUAUUCAUUUGCUCUAUGAUUAAAAUUAUUAUAGAGGAGUUUAUAAUGUGUGGCCAUGAUUCAAUUCAGUUGAUUCAAUGGGAGUCUUUCCAUUGACAUCAAUGGGCUUUAGGCAGAGCUCUUGUAUUGCCUGUUCGGGUUUUUUAAAACUAGAAGAAUUCCUAUGGUGACAUUGACACAAACUGUGACCAUAUAGAUCAUUAUUGCAACCAAGGUCCUAUAGUUGCACCAAAACUUGUACAAAGGAGGUUGUAAUUUGCUGGUUAUGAUUGUUGUCUGUAUGUGUGUAUCAUUUUUGUCCUCUCCAUGGAUCACCACCUUGUAGUGGUGGAGAGGCUUGCGUGUCUCCAUGACCCCGAGAGCGAUGUUGCCUGGAGCAUUCAUCUAACUAAAGCCUUUGAUACAGUGAAUCACUGUGCCCUCUGAACUGUACUUUCUAAGAUGUCCUGAUAAAUACGUCACUGUCCUAAAAUUGCUUCAUGAUAACAUGAAAGCGACUGUUCUGAGCAGCACUGGCUCCCAGAGCGAACCUUUUAAAGUAUAAACAGGAGUCAAACAGGGAUGUAUCAUCGCUUCAACCAUGUUUGCAGUUUUUAUUGCCAUCAUUCUUUGCCUAAUUGCUGGACAAAGACCACCAGUAUUGAGGCAACGAUCAUCCAUCAGCAAUUCUGCUGGACUGGUCAUGUCCGGAUGCCACAGCAUCGCCUGCCAAAACGGGUCCUGUUCUCUCAGCUGAAGAAAGGGCACCAUAACGUGGGUGGACAAGGGAAAGCAUUAUAAGGACUUGCUGAAGGACAACCUAAAAAAGUGUAAUAUUGACAUUGACACUUGCCCAGGAUUGCUUAAAAUGGAGUGAAGUCCUACACGAUGGUCUCUUGCAUUUUGAACUUGCCAACAAGCUGAAGAGGACAAGAGGCGUAGGAGGAAGGAGAGACUGGCUUCCAGUCAUAGUCAGCACAGAAGAACAAAAAGGUUUCUGCCCCCAGAAGAGAGACUAGAAAAGGCCUUUGAAGCCCCUCCGUUUGUUCUUCAGCUGGCUUAAGAGAUGGCCUCUCCACCCCUAAGAGAUGCCUGAAAGAAACUGGAACAAAGGACCGUAACUAUGGGGAUGUGAGUGAUUGCUGGACCCAGACUAGGAAGGAGUCCAGUCUGUGAAAGAAGCUUAUUGGAACAUCUCUGGGGGUGAGAUUUCAUCUGUAAUCAGUUUCUGUAAUCAGCUUAGAUUCGCGUGUUUUGUUUUGCUUGGUAAUUUACUUUCUGUUCUCCAGCCACCACACUCAAAACUCACUUAAAAUCACUACCAGUGUCUCAAAGCAAUCAGCUGUGCACAGAUCCUGUUCGACCAGGCCACUGUGACGGGUUCGAUCACAGAAACCACCUUGGGACUGUCACCUGAUGUGCUGAGACUACCUCUGAGCCUGUUUUCUCUGGCAGUUUGGGCCUUCAGAACCCUGCCUUGUGGUAGCAGAUACACUAAUCUGCUGCAACACUGACCCAGGGUCUGAACCACACGCCCCAAAGUUGCAGCCUUAACUGAAAUGGCUUAGCAAGUGCUCCUGUCCCUAGCACCCAAACACCGAGCUCCCAGUGGGGUCCAAACCCCAAAUAAAACUAUUUUACUCUGUAUAAAGCUUAUACAGGGUAAACUCAUAAAUUGUUUGCCCUCUAUAACACUGAUAGAGAGAUAUGCAUGGCUGUUUGCUCCCCCAGGUUUUAAUUAAUUACUCUGGGUUAAUUAAUAAGCAAAAGUGAUUUUAUUAAAUAUAAAAAGUAGGAUUUAAGUGGUUCCAAGUAAUAACAGACAAAUAUUCAUAACUUCAAAUAAAAAAAAUACACAUAUACAGCAUAAUCAUAACCAGCAAAUUACAGUCUUUCUAUAGACAACUUUCUUGACCUUUGUACAAGAUUUGAUGCAACUAUAGGACCUUGGUUGCAACAAUGAUCUAUACGGUCACAGUUCAUGUCAAUAAUGUCAAACAUACCAAGUUAUACUCUGCACUGUUGGCUUUUUAAAGCAGGCAAUUAACAAGUAUAGGUCUCUCUAAUUUAUCCUACUGGAUGUUAAAGCUGUUAAUUGUGGUAUUCGGUUUGUUCUGCCCUUUGAGGAUGUGAUGUUAAAAGAGGCCUUUCAGGGGGAUUUGGGUGCCUUCCUCCUGUGUUACAUUCAGUCAUUUCUGGCUACUUGGUGCUAUGAUUUAACUUAGUGAAAAUUUAGAUAAGGAAAAUGUUUCAUUCAUUUUAUUGUGCAGUUUUCCCAAAACAGCCAGGAUGCUUUGAAUGAAGCAAAAAGAAAAAAUCUGUUCAAAACAUAAUAAAUGGCAAUGUUAGAGUUUUGUGUAAACUUAGUAUGGAAUGUACCAAAAGGCAUUACUGUGCUCUUCCCCAGUUAUUAAUUUGGAAUUUUGUGUUAAUUGUACAUGUGCCACCAAACAAAAUAAACCAGAAGAUUUAAGGGUGAACAAUAAUCAUUUGAAGAGUGAAAUGAGCAAGAACUUAAAAAGGCUUCCUUGGCAGCCUUCAGACUUUUCAGAGACUUCCCUGAGAAACAUUUAUACGUGAUUUCAGAAUUGCUGAGUUCAGGGCUGACUGCAAUGCAUCUCUUGCAGGCAUGUUGUCUCGUCCUUGACACAAAGCAGAACGGAGAUCAAUUUGGUGAAAAAAGGAAGAAGCGAACACUUCAAAGGCACAAGAUCUGCAGGCCAAAAGUUGGUGUUUACGACUUCUGGUUUAUAGAAAGCAAAUACGAUCCUGCUUCUACACACAUUGAAUAUGAUCAGAAUGUUCUUAAAUGUUUGUUUUUACACUACUGUAAAAUGAAUAGCCUUCAUAUUCCAGAUGAGGAUACCAUUGGAUUGCAUAAAACCAUAGAAGGUAAUGGAAAAAUGAAUUGAUUAUGAUGCAUAGCCAAAUAAAUGUUUGUUUAUAUAAAAUCACACAGGAAAAGGCAUUAAAAUGAUAGUUAUCCUGUUUUUAGAGCUAAAGGCCCAUAUUUUCAUACUUCAUAACUGAUUGGCCCUGGUGUCUCUAUGUGGAUGCCAUUUGACUGACACAUUCUAGUUUAACACAAUACACUUCAACAAAGGAAAUGUGGCUCCAGAAUUUAAGAUGCAUGGGAAAAAUACAAAACUUUCAAAGAUUGCAAAAUGCAUUAUAUUACAAAAAAUACUUGGAUGUUCAACCCCCCAUUCAAGGAAAGUACUUAAGCAAAGUCCAUGCCUGUUCAGGACAGUUCUUAAGCCUGGCUUAAAUUCUAUUGAUUUCAGUUGGACUUCAGCACCUGCUUAAGUGUUGUCCUGAAUAGGGAUGUUUUCAGAAUCAAGGACUCAAAUAUUAAGGUCCAUUUUCCUGCCCUUCCUAGUGCAAUGGCAACUUCCUACUUCUUUUUACAAUAUAUUUGGGAAAAAAAAUUAAAAUAGUGUUGGGUCUUAUAUGUAGGUAUAGUGCAUGGAGUGUUCAUGUUAGGUUAGUUUUCCCUCAAAAAGCCUAGCUGGCAUAAGGCUUAAUUGGGGAAUAAGGAAUCCUCUUAUUAUCCCUGAUGUUUUCUUAUAGCAGACCUUUGGAAGAAAGCAAGAAUAACCUGAUGAAGAUAAGAGACCACAAAUCAUAUGAUACUAAAUCUUCACAAUUGCAUCAUCUGAAAGGGAUUUCAGUUACAACCUGCAGGAACAGUAAAUCUGCUUUUUUUGGUCAUUUUCUGUGCCUGCAGAUUCCUUUUGGUCCAGCUUAAUAUUGAAAUAAGCUUUACUUUAACAGAUGAAGACGCUGGGCCUGGUCAGUCAUGCCCUCUUUGCGGGGAGCAAUAUACUAGGAUCCUGUAAAUGAUUAAACCCGUCUGACUUUCAGGUACAGCAAAGGUGCCUGGUAAGACUGAACCUCACCUAUGAAUUUUGGAAAACUGGGUGAUUAAAAAUGUUCAUUUUCUUAUUUACUUUUCAGGUAAAAAUGAAGCUCUGCUGUAUAUCAAAUGGGAUCUUGGAAUUCACUGAUGUCCUGCCAAGAAAAAAAGGGUAAUACUCUGUUUAUGUACCCUUGUUUCAUUUUUUCAUCAUAUUUUAUCUCCACUUUUGGAAGAGACAGAAGUUUCUAUUUCUAAGUCAAUAAACUGGUUUUUAGUCUU